AGUAAGCUGCUGUCGGAGCUGCGUCAGGAGGCAGCGGUGUGUCUGGGCCUGCUGUGCACUGCUCUGAGCUAUGAAGCAGAGCGCAUCUUCAAGUGGAUGUUUGUCAAGUUCAGCUCCAGCACCCGGGACGAGGUCAAGCUGCUCUACCUGGUGGCAGCGUACCGAGCCCUGGAGGCAGCUGGAGAGAGGAAGGCCUUCUCACCUGUCAUGAAGGUAAGAGGACAGGAGAGGAACCAGGACCCCAUUCAUAGUGUCUCACAGUAGGACUGCUGACUUAGGAUCAGUUUGGCCUUUUAGAUCAUAAUGAAUAAGGCCCAGGGUAGUAAGGGAAAGUUAAGUUGAGAGAGUGGGUAACUGACUCUGUGGUGUCCAUUUUGUGUCAGCUGGUCAUGAGUAGCCUGCAGUCCAUCUUGGAGAACCUGGACACGCCGGAGCUGCUGUGUCAGAGCGUCCGCUGCAUCCUGCAGGUGGCCCGCUGCUACCCACACGUCUUCAGCACCAACUUCAGAGUGAGUGGCAACACACACACACACACUCUCUUGCGCCAACUUCAAAUGUGAGCGUCUGCUGGUGUUUUCUUUCACUACCUCCAUCUCCUACUGCCUGGCUCGCUCCCUCUUUCACUACCUCCAUCUCCUACUGCCUGGCCCGCGCCCUCUUUCACUACCUCCAUCUCCUACUGCCUGGCCCGCUCCCUCUUUCACUACCUCCAUCUCCUACUGCCUGGCUCGCUCCCUCUUUCACUACCUCCAUCUCCUACUGCCUGGCCCGCUCCCUCUUUCACUACCUCCUUCUCCUACUGCCUGGCCCGCGCCCUCUUUCACUACCUCCUUCUCCUACUGCCUGGCCCGCGCCCUCUUUCACUACCUCCUUCUCCUACUGCCUGGUCCGCUCCCUCUUUCACUACCUCCAUCUCCUACUGCCUGGCCCGCUCCCUCUUUCACUACCUCCAUCUCCUACUGCCUGGCUCACUCCUCUUUCUCCAUCUCCUACUGCCUGGCCCGUCCCUCUUUCUCCCAUCUCCUACUGCCUGGCUCGCUCCCUCUUUUUCCCAUCUCCUACUGCCUGGCCCGCUCCCUCUUUCACUACCUCCAUCUCCUACUGCUUGGCUCGCUCCCUCUUUUUCCCAUCUCCUACUGCCUGGCCCGCUCCCUCUUUCACUACCUCCAUCUCCUACUGCCUGGCCCGCUCCCUCUUUCACUACCUCCAUCUCCUACUGCCUGGCUCACUCCCUCUUUCUCCCAUCUCCUACUGCCUGGCCCGCUCCCUCUUUCUCCCUUCUCCUACUGCUUGGCUCGCUCCCUCUUUUUCCCAUCUCCUACUGCCUGGCCCGCUCCCCUCUUUCACUACAUCCAUGCCUACUGCCUGGCCCGCUCCCUCUUUCACUACCUCCAUUCCUACUGCCUGGCUCACUCCCUCUUUCUCCCAUCUCCUACUGCCUGGCCCGCUCCCUCUUUCUCCCAUCUCCUACUGCCUGGCCCGCUCCCUCUUUCACUACCUCCAUGUCCUACUGCCUGGCCCGCUCCCUCUUUCACUACCUCCAUUCCUACUGCCUGGCUCACUCCCUCUUUCUCCCAUCUCCUACUGCCUGGCUCGCUCCCUCUUUUUCCCAUCUCCUACUGCCUGGCCUGCUCCCUCUUUCACUACCUCCAUCUCCUACUGCCUGGCUCACUCCCUCUUUCUCUCUCCUACUCUGUCAGUCUCUCUCUCUCUGUCUCUACUAGCUGGUCUUAUAAAUGUCCCCCAGAGUGUCUACAGUGAAGUAUUUGUGUUGUCUUUUGACCGUGCCUGUUGUGUGUGACAGGAUACGGUGGAUAUCUUGGUGGGCUGGCACAUCGACCACACACAGAAACAGUCUCUGACUCAACAGGUCUCAGGUGAGUACACAAUCAGGUUUUCCAUCUACCUCUUAAUAUAGAACAUAAUCACAACUUGGUGGGGAUGGAAAGAUUGCUGCAGGUCUGUAGUUGACAGUGUAUGGUUUACGCCAGGUGUGUCACGGGGGUGGUUUGAGUUAAACUCAAUAUACUUUGAAUUGACUAAAACCAAAUGGAAACUGUAGAAAUGAUAAUGGACCUAUAUUCAUACAGUUUGACUGUCCAGCUCGCUAAAAAUCACUACACAGUCAAGGAGCAUCAAAUUCCAAAAACAAAUUGACUGCAAGGAAAUAAAAAAUAAUUCAGUGCGGCCCUCCGAACCUCUUUGAAGACCGAAUGCGGCCCCCGGGGCAAAAUGAGUUUGACACCCCUGGUUUACACAAGUCAAAUGUAUGCGUGUGAACUAUCUGUGUGUGCAGGCUGGCUGCAGAGCCUGGAGCAGUUCUGGGUAGCAGACCUGACCUUCUCCACCACGCUGCUGGGGCAGUUUCUAGAGGACAUGGAGGCCUACGCAGAGGUCAGUAACACCACUACACACACGCUCAGUGGCCAGUUUAUUAGGUACACCCAUCUAGUACCCCCCCCCCCCCCCCCAAUUUGCCACCAGAACAGCCCGAAUUCUUCGGGGCAUGGAAACGUUGCUCAGUUGGUAUCAAGGGACCUAACGUGCGCCAGGAAAACAUUCCCCACAACAUUACACCACCGCCACCAGCCUGUACCGUUGACACAAGGCAGGAUGGGUCCAUGGACUCAUUCUGUUUAAGACAAAUUCUGACUGCCAUCAGCAUGACGCAACAGGAACCGGGAUUUGUCGGACCAGCUGUUUUUCCGCUCUUCAGUUGUCCAGUGUUGGUGAUUGCGUGCCCACUGGAGCCGCUUCUUCUUGUUUUUAGCUGAUAGGAGUGGAACCCGUUGUGGGCAUCUGCUGCAAUAGCACAUCCGUGACAAGGGCCGACGAGUUUUGAGUUCUGAGGUGCCGUUCUGCACACCACUGUUCUACUGCGCCGUUAUUUGCCUGUCUGUGGGCCGCCUGUCAGCUUGCACGAUUCUUGCCAUUCUUCUUCGACCUCUCUCAUUAACAAGCUUUUUUCACACCAUUCUCGGUAAACCCUAGACACUGUUGUGCGUGAAAGCCCAGGAGGUCGGAUGUUUCUGAGAUACUGGAACCAGUCCGCCUGGCACCGGUGAUCAUACCACGCUCAAAGUUGCUUAGGUCACUCGUUUUGCCCAUUUAUAACUUUCAAUAGAACAGUAACUGAAUGGCUCAAUGCCUGUUUAUAUAGCAAGCCACGGCCAUGCCACUCACUGUCUGUAGGCGCAAACCAUUUUCGUGAACAGGGUGGUGUACCUAAUAAACUGGCCACUGAGUGUACGCUACACUAUUACAUGGAUACCUAUGCAAAGGUAAUGGUGUUCCCCAGACUAUUACAGUAGAACCUCAGAGAUACGAACUGACCAGUCAACCAAACUAGCAAUUUAAGGCUACAGGCAAACGUACAGAGCCUUCAGAAAGUAUUCAUACCCCUUGACUUAUUCCACAUUUUGUUGUUACAGACUGAAUUCAAAAUUGAUUACAUAGAUUUUUUUCUCACCCAUCUACAUACAAUAAUCCAUAAUGACAUUGUUUUUGGAAAUUUUAGCAAAUGUAUUGAAAAUGAAAUACAGAAAUAACUAAUUUACAAAGGUAUUCACAUCCCUGAGUCAAUACUUUGUAGAAGCACCUUUGGCGGCGAUUACAGCUUUGAGUCAUCUGAAUCAGUUUUGCAAAUCUGGAUUUGGGGAUUUUCUCCUAUUGUUCCUGGUAGAUUUUCUCAAGCUCUGUUAAGUUAAUGAGGAGUGGCGCUGAACAGCAAUCUUCAAGUGUUUCCACAGAUUUUCAAUGGGAUUCAAGUCUGGGCUUUGGCUGGGCCACUGACUUUCACAUUCUUGUUCUGAAGCCAUUCCAGCAUUGCUUUGGCUGUAUGCUUUGGGUCAUUGUCCUGUUGGAAUGUAAAUCUUUGCCCCAGUCUGUUGUUUGCAUCUGAAGUAGGUUCUCAUCAAGGAUUUGCCUGUGUUUGGCUUCGUUCAAUGUGGUCCUCUGUAGCUCAAUUGGUAGAGCAUGGUGCUUGUAACGCCAGGGUAGUGGGUUCGAUCCCCGGGACCACCCACACGUAAAAAUUUAUGCACACAUGACUGUAAGUCACUUUGGAUAAAAGCGUCUGCUAAAUGGCAUAUUAUUAUUAUUAUUAUUAUUAUUAUUAUUAUUAUUAUUCCCUUACCAGUCUCCCAGUCCCUGCCGCUGAAAAGCUUCCCCAUAGCAUGAUGCUGCCAUCACCACGCUUCACGGUAGGGAUGGUGUUAGACUGGUGAUGAGCACCGCCUGGUUUUCUCCAGACAUGGCGCUUUGCAUUCAGGCCAAAGAGUUUUUGUCUCAUCAGACCACAUAAUAUUUUGCCUUUGCUCUGUCUUUCACGUGCCUUUGUGCAAACUCCAACCGUGCAGUCAUGUGCAUUUUUCACAGGAGUGUCUUCCGUUUGGCCACUCUCCCAUAAAGCCCAGAUUGAAGUGCUGUAGAGACUGUUGUCCUUCUGGCAGGUUCUCCCAUCACAGCGAUGGAACUCUGUAGUUCUGUCAGAAUGCUCAUUGGGUUCUUGGUCACCUCCCUGACCAAGGUCCUUCUUGCCCGGUUGCUCAGUUUGGUCGGAUGGCCAGCUCUAGGCAGUCUGGGUAGUUCCAUAUUUUUUCAAUUUCCCAAUGAUUGAGACCACUGUGCUCUUAGAAACUUUCAACACUCUAGAAAUAGUUUUAUACCCUUCCCCAGAUAUAUGCCUCAUCACAAUCUCGGAGAUCUACGGACAGUUCCUUGAACUUCAUGGUAUAGUUUCUGCUCUGACAUGCACUGUCAACUGUGGGCCAACUGUGUGUUUUCUUUCGAAAUCAUGUCCAAACAAUUGAAUUUGGCCACAGGUGGACUCCAAUCAAGUUGUAGUGACAUCUCAAGGAUGAUCAAAUGAAAUUGGAUGCACCUGAGCUCAAUUUGGAGUGUCAUAGCAAAGGGGUGUGAAUACUUAUGUAAAUGAGAUUUCUGUAUUUCAUUUUCAAUACAUUUGCAAACAUAAAAAAAAACAUGUUUUCACUUUCUCAUUAUGGGGUAUUGUGUGUAGAUGGGUGGGUGGCGGGGAUAUUUUAAUCAAUUUACAAUUCAGGCUUUAACAAAAUGUAGAAAAAACUGAGGUCUGAAUACUUUCUGAAGACACUGUGUAUCAAGUUGUGGAAAAUGUUUAUCACUGAGAUCCUUUUGUAUUACAUUAAAUAUUAAAUGCCAUGAAGAAAUGUAUGGACUGUUCUGUCCCAUGUUGUCUCCAGGACUUGGGUCACGUGGGUUCUGGAGAGGCGGUAGACGAGGACGUCCCUCCCCCCACGGUGUCUCUGCCCAAACUGGCCGCCCUGCUGAGGGUGUUCAGCACCGUGGUGCGCUGCAUCGGACAGCGCUUCAACCCCAUCAGAGGACCGCCCAUCACACAGGCAUACGUCUCUGAUGUAAGGAGAGACAUACACACACACAGGCAUAGAUCUCUGAUGUAAGGAGAGACAUACACACACACAGGCAUAGAUCUCUGAUGUAAGGAGAGACAUACACACACACAGGCAUAGAUCUCUGAUGUAAGGAGAGACAUACACACACACAGGCAUAGAUCUCUGAUGUAAGGAGAGACAUACACACACACAGGCAUAGAUCUCUGAUGUAAGGAGAGACAUACACACACACACACAGGCAUAGAUCUCUGAUGUAAGGAAAGACGCACACACCCAUCCGAGGCAUUUUACUGAUGUAAGGAGAGUGGGUGGGAGAGACACACAGACUCUGGUAAUUAACAAGGCAUAUGUCACAGAUAUAAUUUGUUCCCAACACAACCUUACCUCAUCCCUCUCCUUCCUCCCUUUCCCCAGGUUCUGAAUCGGGUGCUGGCGUGUGUGUCGACGGCCAAGCAGGUGUUGUUCUCUGAGCCGGUGUUGACGGCGGGGAACGAGUGUGUGUGUGUCCUGCUGGUGAGCUUGGAGCCGUCCGCACAGCUGACCGACGCUGUCAUCACCUACGGCCUGGACCAGCUGGACGCCUGCCGGGCCUGUGGCCCAGAGUACAGCCUGGCCGUCCUCAGCCUCAUCACAUUGGUAAGGACCGGUUCUAAAACUGGUUUACAUACAGGUUAUAACUAGUUUAUGCUAGUUAGAAUUGGUUUAAACCAGUUUGGAAGAAUGUUCCCUCAAACUGAGCAAAUUUCAGGUCUUGUGAGCGGAAACUUGAAUGUUGCGUCAAUGUAGGCCAACAUUUUGAGACUUUUUAAAAACAUUAUGCAUUGCAUUAUCAAUGGCUGCCCGAAUGCAGAGAACUGGUUGGUCAUUCAACGUUUUGCCUCUCUGCUUCUAAUGGUCUCUUCUCUCUGUGUGGUAGAUCGUGGACCAGAUCAACACUAAGCUUCCAGCCUGGUUUGUGGAGAAGCUGCUGGCACCGACGUCACAGCUCCUGGAGCUACGCUUCAACAGGGACAGAGAGGUGUGUGUGUGUGUGUGUGUUAGGGAUGUGACAAAUGGAAACAUUUUCUUAAUGUUUAAAUUGCUGUUUAAAAAAAAAAAGUCAUUUUUCUGUUAAAACGAUAAGAAAAAUGCUUAAAAUGUCAUAUGUAUUCACAAUGCAGAAUAUGGUCAUAUUGGGUACGACAGUCCUAUUGGGUGGGUGCUAGGGGGCAAUGAAGUUCCAUCUACCACAGUCAUAGGCUGAAUCUCAAACCCCAACACUUGGCCACUAAGCCCUUUAUCGAGUGGCCACUUGCUGUUGCGUUCGAUAGUGAUCACUUGAGUCCGCAAGUGUUUUGCCAAAAGGAGCGUUGAGACGACGCGCACUCAAUGUUCCAACUCCUGCUUAUCAAUAUUCUAAAUCCAUUCGCGACCUGUCUUGCACAUGACUCAAUUGCUAUGAAACACAGGCACUGGGACAGACGCAUACUCUGAUAGACAGGGAAGAAGUUGUAAAAACAAAACGGCUGCUCUAUUCCUGGUAUAUCGGUCGCCUGUGAUUUCAUCAGCUGGUUUAUCUUGUUGUAGCCUGCCUGCUGCUAGCUAGCUUCACUGACAAACACAGGGAUGGAAUGUUAGCUAGCUAGCUAUGGAUGUUGGGCACUGCACUGAUAAACAGCAUGUAGCUCGUCACUUAUUUAGGAUAGUUUGACAGCUUGCUGAUGAAGUUGUAGACAUGUUCCCAGCAGGCGUACUUAAGCGUACUUAAGUACGUUUCCAAAGCACCAAUCGCUACAUUGUAACGUUGGGUCAGGUAAAAGCGCAGCAGCAGACUCCAUUUUGUAAAAAAAAAAGUAUACUAUUUUAGGGAUUUUUUUCUUAAUUUACCAGUUUCUUUUUAAAGUUUAAAUGUUCGCCCCCCUAGAGUGAGUGUGUGUGUGUGACCAGGUUUAUAGAGGUGUACAUUUGUGGGUGCUUGAAACCACCUAAUUGAAAUGGGAAGAGCGGUGUGUAUGCCUCCGAUUCAGAUUGGGAGAAUGUAACGUAAGGUGUGUUUCUGUUAGGGUUAUGUGGAAGCUGUAUCUGUUAGGGGGAAGUUGUCUCUCUGUUUCUGUUAGGGUUACGUGGAAGUUCUAUCAGUUUCUGUUAGGGUUAGGUGGAGGUAGGGCUGUUGCGGUGACCGGUUACCGCCACACCGGCAGUCAUGACCGCAGUAAAAUACCACGUGACUGUUGAGUCACGGUAAUCUCCUCUUAUGUGCUUUGAUAGUGCCCAACUUUCUAACUGCCAUCAGGUCCUACUGGCCUCGUCCUCAGGUCUCUGUUGUCUCUCUAACCACUCUGACGUCAAGGCAAAUGCAAUGGAAAUCACAUCAAAUGCUUAUCAAAACAGUAUCGUGCUUUUUAAAACUCACAUCACUGUGAUUGAUCCAUUUGAAGAAAGAAGUUCAACAGGUUGAAACUGAGUGGAAAACAUGGUCGUUGUGGAUGUUGCUUCAAAACCUAACACAGCUAAAUGGAUAGCGCUUUCUAAGGUGACGAUUAAUUCAAAACACAUAUGCAUAUUAGAGCUUAUGCAUGUGUUUCAAUAGUCUAGUCGCAUCGUGCAGCCCAUAUGUGUUUUGAAUUCUAAGACAUUCUAAUGUUUGUAUCAUUCACAACUAAAGUUGCCAAAUAACUCUAAAUGUAGCGUAUAGUACCUGUUUCAAGUGAUCACUUUUACGCUCAACAUAGCCACUUCAUAUGAGCACUCACUCUGGAAUGUGAAAAAUAUCCUUUCUAUAUUAUUCAGCCAAGUUCAGUUAUAUUCUUCUAACUAUGAAAUCAUUAUAAUAUAAAAUAAUGGCACGGGAUUUAUAAGCAUAUCUUGUCUGCUAAAUGAACAAGCCUACGGCAUGGAGCAUAGCCAGGUAACAUACAGUAGACCAACUCAUAUUCUGUUCUUCUGAAAUAAAUGUUCUUUAGACCCGCCUAAAAUAAAUAAUGGAUUUAUUGUGAUGGUUAUUAUUAAAUUGAUUUUAUUAAACUUUUUUAAAUAUAGAUUUUCCAAAGGUGCGCAUCAGCGGCUUGUAUGCAGCUGACAUUUCAUGACCGCCACAGCCUGAGGUGGAAGGUGUUUCUCUGUCUGUUAGGGUUAGGUGGAAGGUGUUUCUCUGUCUGUUAGGGUUAGGUGGAAGGUGUUUCUCUGUCUGUUAGGGUUAGGUGGAAGGUGUGUUUCUCUGUCUGAGGGUUAGGUGGAAGGUGUGUUUCUGUGUCUGAGGGUUAGGUGGAAGGUGUGUUUCUGUGUCUGAGGGUUAGGUGGAAGGUGUGUUUCUGUGUGUUUGCGGCUUUCUAUAAUCCUGUUAGCAUGACAAUUCUAUUGAAAACAAAACCAAUCAAAGGUUGAAUGGAAACUGUUAAGACAUGUUUUUACUGGGUGUGUCCGGCUGUCUCUCUGUGUCUGUAUCCAUGUGUCUUCACUGAUCCCCUCUGCUCUCUAUCUCUCUUUCUCUCCAGGUGAUGUCAGCAGCCCUGGGUGUGUACCAGUCCGUUUUGAGCCUAAAGAACAUUCCCAUUCUGGAAGCAGCUUAUAAACUGGUUCUGGGAGAGAUGGCCUGUGCCCUGUCCAGUCUGCUGGCCCCCCUGGACCUCCCCCCAACCCCUGGUACCCCCUCCCCGACCCCAACAGCCUUUCCCGGCAUCCAGCACCCUGUCUUCACCCCCCUCACCCUCACCCCUGAGAGGGCAGAGUUCACCCUCAUCUUCAACCUGUCAGCCCUCACCACCAUCGGCAACACCAAGAACUCACUCAUAGGGGUAUGUAGGGUUACGAAACACACACACACACACACACACACACACACACACACACACACACCACUGCAGCUCCGGCCAAAACACCAAGAACUUACUCAUAGGGGUAUGUAGGGUUACGAAACACACACACACACACACUGCAGCUCCGGCCAAACACCAAGAACUUACUCAUAGGGUAUGUAGGGUUACGAAACACACACACACACACACACACACACACACACACACACUGCAGCUCCGGCCAAAACACCAAGAACUUACUCAUAGGGGUAUGUAGGGUUACGAAACACACACACACACACACACACACACACACACACUGCAGCUCCGGCCAAAACACCAAGAACUCACUCAUAGGGGUAUGUUACCUAACACACCCACUGCACCACCAUCAGCAACACCAAGUAACAUGAACUGAACUGACCUUAAAAUGUACCUCUGCUCUGCCCCUCUCGUCUCUCUCGCUCGCUCUCGCUCUGUCGCUCUCGCUCUGUCGCUCUCGCUCUGUCUCCCGCUCUGUCUCUCGCUCUGUCUCUGUAGAUGUGGGCUCUGUCUCCGACGGUGUUUGCGUUGUUGAGUCAGAACCUGAUGUUGGUCCACUCUGACCUGGCCGUCUACCACCCUGCUGUACAAUAUGCUGUGUUAUAUACCCUAUACUCACACUGUACCAGGUAACUAACACGCACAACCACCCUGCUGUACAAUACUGUACCAGGUAACUAACACACACUACCACCCUGCUGUACAAUACACUGUUAUAUACCCUAUACUCAUACUGUACCAGGUAACUAACACGCACAACCACCCUGCUGUACAAUACUGUACCAGGUAACUAACACGCACUACCACCCUGCUGUACAAUACACUGUUAUAUACCCUAUACUCAUACUGUACCAGGUAACUAACACACACUACCACCCUGCUGUACAAUACACUGUUAUAUACCCUAUACUCAUACUGUACCAGGUAACUAACACGCACAACCACCCUGCUGUACAAUACACUGUUAUAUACCCUAUACCAUACUGUACAGGUAAACUAACACACCUACCACCCUGCUGUACAAUACACUGUUUAAUACCCCUAUAUCAUACUGGUACGCAGGUAACUAACACACACUACCCCACCCUGCUUGUACAAUAGCACUGGUUAUAAUACCCUAUACUCACACUGUACGCAGGUAACUAACACCAACAUACCAACCCUGCGUACCAUACACUUUAUAUACCCUAUACUCACACUGCACCAGGUAACUAACCCCACAUACCACCCCUGCUGUAACAAUACCUGUUAUAUACCCUAUACCCAUAACUGUACCAGAACUAACACAACACUACCACCCUCUGUGACAAACCGUUAUAUACUAUAUCACACUGCAACCAGUAACUAACACCAGCACACUACCCAACCUGCUGUACAAUACACUUUUAUCUAACCUAUACUCACACUGUACCAGGUAACUAACACAACACUACCACCCUGCUAUAGCAUACAACUGUUAUAUACCCUAUACUCAUACUGUACCAGGUAACUAACACACACUACCACCCUGCUGUACAAUACACUGUUAUAUACCCUAUACUCAUACUGUACCAGGUAACUAACACACACUACCACCCUGCUGUACAAUACACUGUUAUAUACCCUAUACUCACACUGCACCAGGUAACUAACACACACUACCACCCUGCUGGUACAAUACACUGUUAUAUACCCUAUACUCACACGGACCAGGUAACUAACCACACUACCACCCCUGCUGUACAAUACACUGUUAUAUACCCUAUACUCACACUGCACCAGGUAACUAACACACACUACCACCCUGCUGUACAAUACACUGUUAUAUACCCUAUACUCACACUGCACCAGGUAACUAACACACACUACCACCCUGCUGUACAAUACACUGUUUAUAUACCCUAUACUCACACUGCACCAGGUAACUAACACACACUACCACCCUGCUGUACAAUACACUGUUAUAUACCCUAUACUCACACUGCACCAGGUAACUAACACACACUACCACCCUGCUGUACAAUACACUGUUAUAUACCCUAUACUCACACUGCACCAGGUAACUAACACACACUACCACCCUGCUGUACAAUACACUGUUUAUUACCUAUACUCACACUGGGAUAACUACACACACUACCACCUGGUACAAUUACUGUACCAGGUAACUAACACACACUACCACCCUGCUGUACAAUACACUGUUAUAUACCCUAUACUCACACUACUAGGUAACUAACACAUGUUAAUACAACUUUGAUCCUUCCUUUUUUUAAACAUAGUUCACCACAUUCUAAUUUGUAUUUUCUUUCAAUCCUCUCUCUCGUGUCUCUCUCACUGUCUCUCUCCCUCUCUCCCUCUCUCGCCGUCUCUCUCCCUCCCUCUGUUCUUCAGACAUGAUCACUUCAUCUCGUCCAGCCUGUCCUCCUCCUCCCCCUCUCUCUUUGACGGCGCGGUCAUCAGCACGGUAACCACGGCAACCAGGAAACACUUCAGCACUCUGUUGUCCCUUCUGGGGACCCUGCUGAGGAAGGAGCACCUCUACACUGAGGCCAGGUACACACACACACUAUACAUUACACACUAUACAUUACACACACACACUAUACAUUACACACACUAUACAUUACACACACACACACACACACACACACACACCACACUAUACAUUACACACACACACUAUACAUUACACACACACACACACACACACACACACUAUACAUUACACACACACACAGGUGUAGUUGAACGAUAACCUAACCUAGUUUGUGUGUGUGUCUGCUACAAACAGGAAGCUGUUGUUGACGUGGUCUCUGGAGAUGUGUCUGAUGAUGAAGAAGUCUGAUACCUACACCCCUCUCUUCUCCCUGCCCUCCUUCCACAAGUUCUGCAAGGGUCUGCUCCAC